AUGGAGGACAAAGAAAAACUCAAGAAGUCCAAGGUUAUCAAAAUACACUCUCAAAAAUCAUGGGAACACUACAUCUCUCAUGCCACCAAUCAAAAGUACCCUGUUGUGGUUCAUUUCUCUGCUUUCUGGUGUGUGCCUUCUACAGUAAUGAACCCUUUCUUUGAAGAACUGGCCUCCACUUAUCAAGAUGUUCUGUUUCUGACAUUGGAAGUGGAUGAGGUUAAGGAAAUUGCCGCCAAGAUGGAAAUCAAAGCCAUGCCCACUUUUCUGUUGCUGAGUGGAGGGACUCCAGUAGACAAAAUUGUGGGGGCAAAUCCUGAAGAAAUAAGGAAAAGGAUUGAUCAUUUUGUUCACUCAAGUCGCUCCUACAAAUCUGAGUAA